AGAAAAUUUCAGUUGCUUCAGACCCGGCCCCUAGAGCGGUCCUAUUUUGGAAUAGUCCAAAUUUAAAAAAAAAAAACAAAAAUUUUUGGUUGUGAAAAAUUACUAAAGUGGUUUAUAACCAUUGCAGGUGCAGUGCCGUCAUAAUGUCGGCAUUGCGACUGGUGCCUCGCACGCCGCCGCCUUACGUCAGCUGGCAAGUGGGGCGUCGCUUUGCCAGCGGCGAUGGCGUCCGUCUCAUGGUCGGUGACCGCGAGGUGGUGGGCUAUGGCAUCAACGGUCGUCCAAUCUAUUUCGACAGGUCGGACUUCCCGUUUCCGGCCAUCCGGUAUCGCACUGUAACGCCGGAGCUGUGCGCAAUCCGUGAGAAGGAGCUGGGCGACUGGAAGUCCCUAUCGCUGGAGGAUAAGAAGCAGCUCUAUAGGUAUAGCUUCUGUCAAACGUUUGCCGAAUUCCAGCAUUUCUCGCCAGAGUGGAAGCUCACAUUCGGGCUACCAUUGUGGCUAGUGGCCAUUGCUUGUGGCAUUACGGUGAUGAUGAAGACCAUGCUGUACAAGAAGACGCCGGACACUUUUGACGAUGAUCGGCAGUCGGCACAGUUGCGCAGAAUGAUCCAGUUACAGAUGGAGCCGAUCACCGGAGUGUCCUCCAAAUGGAACUACAACACAAACAAGUGGAAGUAGCUGUUGUCCUGUGGCCCACUUCCAGAUCCUUAAUUGAAUUGCCGUACAUACAUACAAGUUUUUUUUCGUUUUAAGAAGCAUGACAAGCAAGGAAUCGUUCACGUUCACGUUCGUUAAACAAUAGUUUGGGAUCACAAUACACCACACCAACGAGCGUUAACCAUUGUUCGUAACUCCAACACACCAACAAACGUUAACCAUCUUGCGCAAUUCGAACACAACAACGGGCGUUAACCAUCUGUCGUAAUUCCAACACACCAACGAGCGUUAACGUAAUUUGAGCACACCAACACUAUCAUUACGAUAUUCACAACACAUUGGCAAUGCAAACACAUGAGUGCAGCGUUUUACAGACUUAACCUAAUCUUGCAUAUUCGACGAAGUUUUUUCAUUAACACACACAACUUAACAAAAAUACAUUUACAGAAAUUGAAAUGGAUCUAUUUAGGACACCCUGUUAACAAGACGAACUUGCAAUUACAUAUGGAA